CUUCCCUGGUUCAAUUCACUGCCAAAGAUCUCAAGUCGAUUCAUUCUUCCAACUCACUUGCCUAAGCUCAAUCUUCGCCUUCUCUUCCUUCUUUCCCCAUCCACUCUUCUUUGCUUCCUCUAACAUUCUCAUCUUUGUUGAUCCAUUCCCAUCAAUCCUCCUAUCCUUGCACGCAACUCUCCUUCAACCAUCUAUCCGUUGCCUUGCACGUCAUACCUCCUUCUAACCAUCUCAUAUCACUCGUGUGUUGCCAUCGACAUGCAGGUCACCAAGACGGCCACGUUUGGCCCCGUGCCAGUUGCCACCGAGCCGCUUGCCGCAUUCUAUCUCGCUGCCCUGACCGAAAUCCAGGAGCAAUACCACAAAUUGCCUUACGCCGCUGAGUUGGAUCUGAAGCUCAACCCGGUUUCGGAAGACACUGGCACGGCCAAUACAGGCUCUACUCUUAUGCUACUCCUUACUGCUACUGGGCGCACCACCGUCGAGGAGAGAAAGAUUGGAUUCGCGACCAUGAUGCAUGCGAUGUCAAUUCAGCCUCAAUUUACAGGCAUGAACAUGGAAGUCAAGCUGGUUUUCAAGAUCGCGACCGAAGACUGAAAGGCUGGAAACAAUGGGCGUCAUCGUGGAUACUCUCCGCGCAUUGUACAGUACUUUGCACUCUUAUCUUGCUUUUGCCGUACGUUGGAUAGAGGCGUCGACUGAGAAGGAGUCCCAACAAUGUACAGUAGGACUCACAGCACUCCACGUUCUGCAUGAGCUUUCUAUCAUCUUCGGUACUUAGAUCUAAGGAACGAGUCAUUCAAGCAGGAA